GGACAAGAUAUAGGUUGUAACCGUGACUGGUCAGGAAUUCCCUUCUUGCGUAGCUGCAAAGAAGUCCUGGAAUGCCAGCAUCCAUAGAAGAUCUACCUCCCGAACUUUACAAUCUCAUCUUCGACCAUUUACUAGCAUGCCAGAGGAACACCAUCUUGUCUUUAUCAAGAGCUCUUCCUCGUUCACCCAUUCCCAUCCACCAGCUCUUUGAACACAUCACCCUUAAACAUGCCGAUCAAGUAAUCUUGCUUUAUAUUCGUCUCCGUGGUGGUGCGAAGGAAGCCCCUUUAGUGAAAUAUUUCUCACUAGAAGCUUGGACGGUGGAUGCAGAUACAGUCGUGAACUUGACCAAUAUCCUAGUCAAUGUAUCAGAUCUUCGUCUCUGCAUUGGCCCUUCCUUUUCUCCUGAUCAUCUCGACGACAUGUUCGAACAACCAAAGGCCGCCCUGAAAUCCCUUUCACUACGUUUCCGCCCUUAUGUAAUGAGAGCUACAUAUAUACAGUUCUUAAAGGGGGCAUACUUUGAUGGCAUAAUUGAUGCUCUUUCCCACUGGCCAUCAGGUGAUCUCGAAACACUGUCGAUCGUACAAGACCCUCACGACUCUGCCCUAGCUGCACAGCAUCAUUUUGCCCAACCACUUGUCUUUUUUCGACUGGACUCGCUCACCGCACUUACUUGUUCUCCGUUCCUUCGACGCCUCCCUAAUCUUCGCUUGCGUAUACCAGCCCGUCAACUGGUUCGGUUUAUAUGUAUCCGUGCAGAAUCCCUGCCUGCCAUCAAUGUGCUCGAUUUAUCUACCUGUAACGUGGCCGAGUCGGACUUAGAAGCCCUUCUCCUACGUUUUUCCACAUUGCGACACUUGAUUUUGGACAUGUGUAAUCUCUUGCGCAGUAGUACUGAUUGGGCCGCUCUCGGUAAAAUCUGUGCUCUUGCAACUGUUCAGCGGGCUAAGGAAAGGGAAAAGAAGUUGAAAUCCUGGCUUGAGGUCCAAAGUAUUGAAAUAUCUGUUGCUCAACAGUCGAAUCUUGAAACAGAAAAUCACCAAGCCGGCUCGCGGCCUAGGAGAGGCCGUCGUGGUUUAGCGACUGCCGCGAUUUCGUUGCGAGAUCCCAAAGAGCCCACACCACCAACAAUUGCAAGGGCACGGAAUGUCCCGAGAGUUCGUGUCUUACCAUCCUCGCCUGUGCUCGAGUCAAUUUCCACCACGUCCCACUUCUUGGACGAUGGUACACACGAUUCUAUCCGUGCCGAGUUUGAAAUGGGUUGGGCUGAGGGUCUUGCUCAACUUGCAGCCAUCAGGACCAGGAUCCAUGCGUCAUGGAGAAAUGGGAUGAGGGUAAUGUAUUCUGUGGACCCAACUUGUGACGAAGGCUUUGAUGGACUAAUAAACGUCAAUGACGAUGGAGAUUUUUUCCCCGGACAAGGCAGUGUAUUAGCCUGUAAAGUUCCUGUACUUUGUAUCGCUGGCGCUGUGGCCAAUGGCGCUCAUGCCGAAGGUUGCGGGCACCAGAUCGCCAGAACCAUCUGGGACGAUGGGUUAGAAUGAGGUUAUUGCUAAUGCUAUAUGU